CUCUUGCAUUUAAUCACACCUCAAUUUCAUACAAUCUAUAAGUCUCUAUAUCCUCUAAUUCCUUGUUCAUUUUUUUAACUAAAAAGGCUACAAUGGCAGUGACUUUUGAGAAAGAAACUACAACUUCAAUCCCACAAGACAAAGUUUUCAAGGUCUUUGUUCUUGAAUCCGACUCCAUUAUCCCCAAAAUUAUUCCUAACAUGAAGGUCGAGUUCGUACAAGGAAAUGGAGAGCCCGGAACCAUCAAGAAAACAACCUUCGGUGAAGGCGGUGAUGCAAAGUACAUAAAGACCAAAGUGGAAGCAACAGACAAAGACAAUUUCACACACAGCUACAGUAUUUUCGAAGGCGAGCCAUGGAUGCCCGAACUCGAAAAGACAACCUUUGAAAUCAAAGUAGAAGCUUCUGCUGAUGGAGGAUCUGUUAUCAAGAGCACCAGCAAGUACAUUCCAAAGCCGGGCUGUGUGAUCAGUGAAGAAAAAGUGAAGGCUGGUUCAGAAAAAGCUUUCGGCAUGUUUAAGGCUAUCGAAGCUUAUGUCUUGGCUAAUCCUGAUGUUUAAGAAUUGGUGUUUCAUGUUUUUUUUCCCCUGUUGUUUUGUAUCUUUUGAUUGCUUCACGGUCUGAGAAUAAAAGCUCAUAAUAGAGGAUAUUUUAUGUCCUUUAUUUAGCUUAUAAUAAGUGUAAUGUGAUUUUGUUAUAUGAAUGAUUAUUUCUUGUCGAUUUUGAUA